CAGUCCUCCCCUCCUCGCGCUUCCACAUGUGGACAACAUUUCUCCCCGGUGGUGGGGUGAGACUUGGCGGCUACGUCGCGUUCGGGCCUCGAGUAAAAACGUACGGUCGUGUUUCUGGGGACAUGGAGGAAGCUUGAAGCCUGCUCACGACAGUGGCUUUGACAGCCAUUGUUUACAAAGACGUCACCCUCAAGCGGAUAACGAGGCAUUUAAACAGACGAAUGUGGCAUCUGCGCGGCCGCACCGUGUCGAUACCUGCGCCGUGAGACGCGAUUCAGCGCUACAUUGUUUCAAAGAUUCCACGUUGUUCGGUCAUCAGCGGUUGGUGCCUCCUCCUCCUCCUCCUCCUCCUCCUCCUCCUCCUUGGUCCUCUUCCUCCCCUUCUUCCAUCCGCCGGUCCACCAGUCCGCCAUGUCGCAGGGUCAGAAUUUCCUCCCCAAGUUCCUAUUUGUCUCCAACCUGCUGAAGGCGGUGAAGAUCCGUCAGCGAGUGCCCAACGACGUGGUGAAGCCAUCGGCCAGCGGCGGCCUCAUGCACCACCUGCGGGGUAUGCACCGUUACACCCUGGAGAUGAUCGCGAUGAACCACUUCCCCCAGGCCUUCAGGGAGGUCGUGCAGGCCGCCAUCCUGGACCGAACCAUGCAGGCCUCAUUGGAGCAGGAGAAGAAGCUCAACUGGUGUCGGGAGCUGAAGAAGAUGGUGCCUUUACGCACCAAUGGAGAUGGGAACUGUUUGCUUCAUGCAGCCUCUCAGUACAUGCUUGGUGUUCAGGACACAGACCUGGUGCUUCGAAAAGCUCUGCACGGCGUUUUGAAAGAGACGGACACCGGUGUCUUUAAAGCUCGGUUCCAGGCAGAGCUGCUCCAGUCCCAAGAGUUCACCCAGACCGGCCUCCGAUACACUACCAUGAACUGGGAAGAGGAGUGGGAAAAGAUUGUGAAGAUGGCGUCUCCGAUCUCUAGUAGCAACGGCCUCCAGUUUGACUCUCUGGAGGACAUUCACAUCUUCGUCCUCUCCAACAUUCUCCGCAGACCCAUCAUCGUCAUCGCAGACCAGGUGGUCAGGAGCAUGAAGUCUGGCUCCUCCAUCUCUCCUCUGAAUGUGGGUGGGAUCUAUCUGCCUCUACACUGGCCGCCUACAGAGUGCUACAAAUACCCAAUAGUGCUCGGCUACGACUCCCAGCACUUUGCACCCCUUAUCACCAUCAAAGACAGCGGUCCAGAGAUCCGAGCAGUACCGCUAAUCAACCCGAGACGGGUGGGCUUUGAGGAGCUGAAGGUUCACUUUCUGAUGGAGAGGGAACAGCAGCAGAAAGAGAGGCUGCUUAAAGACUACCUGGAUCUACUAGAGAUCCCUGUCAUAGGCUUGGGCCACGACACUACACGGAUCAUGAAAGCUGCACGGCUGGAUGAGGGGAACCUUCCAGAAGACAUGAACCUGAUGGAGGACUACCUGCAGCUCGUCAACCAUGAGUACCAGCGCUGGCAGGAGGACAAGGAGCAAGCAUGGGCAGCCCAGCCCCAGCGCCCGCCACCCUUCUCUGUCUCCCAGCUCUCCCUCAUCGAGAUCCGCUGUGCCACACCACGAUGCACCUUCUACGUCUCUGUGGACACGCAGCCCCAUUGCCACGAAUGCUUUGAGAAGCGACAGGCCACGACGGGCGGAGGAGCGAGGAUAGAAGGGGUGGUUCAGACCAAGGGAGGAGGAGUACAAGGUGGGGUAGGAGUGAUAGGCGGAUCAGAGACUGAGGUGAGCUCCAGAGGAGCCCGAAGCAGCAGUCCCCCGUGCUCUUCAUCCGGGAGAGGAGUGGUGUUAUCCAGCCCCCGCUCCGCCCCACCCACCGCUCCCAGCCUCAGUCUAUACAGUGAAACUCAUGCCAUGAAGUGUAAGACACCCGGCUGCCUGUUCACCCUCAGCGUGGAGCACGACGGACUUUGUGAGCGCUGCUUUAACGCCAGACAAAACCAUGGACCCCCUGGUGCUGGAACGGCUGCUACAGGACUCCCAGGCCCCAAUGCGGGGCCUGUCGUUCCUCACCCGGCCCAGGGCUCCGGCUGGACCCAGUGGGGGGGCUGCGAGACAGAGACAGAGCGAUGCAGCAUGUGCAGACAGGAGGCUUUCAGGAUAUUCAAUGGCCUGUGUCCACCCUGCAUGCAGAGACAGCAGGCUCCGGAGAAGGGAGAGCCGCAGCAGAGCAACCCCAGGACUGAGGCCUCGUCUUCAGCGUGGAGCCAGGCCAGGGACACUGAGCGGCCAUGCCUCAACCUAACCCUAGGGCACACCUCAGCCUGGCAGACCCCUCUGGCCCGGCCUUGUAAAAGAUCUGGCUGCCAAUUCUUUGGGACACCGGAGAAGUUGGGUUUCUGCACUAUUUGCUAUGUAGACUAUCAGACCAACCACCACCUGACUCCACCUACUCCUCCGGUCCCCAACCAGCGCGAGGUAGGCUUUCAAAACGCCUCACGGUGUCGUGGGCCUGGAUGUGGUGCAGUCGGCAAAGCAAUGCUGGAGGGCUACUGCGAUAAGUGUUACGUCAAAGAGCAAAGUGCACGGCUUAACCAAGUGGCCCCACCUCUGGUUAUGCGGGACCGAGCAGCAAAACCCAGAUCUUCGCAGCAAUCCCAGACCCAGACCCAGACUCAGUGCAGGCGGAGUGGCUGCAGUAACGUGUCCCCGGGCUGCACAGACCUCUGUCCAGAGUGCCACACGCGUGGCCAGGGCAGAGAAGCAGGCAGGAGGGCGCAGGCGCCCAAAGAGAAGUCCAAGCAGCGAUGCAGGACGCAGGGCUGCGACCACUACGCCAACCAAGAGAAACAGGGCUACUGCAACGAGUGCGACCACUUCAAACAGAUUUACCGCGGCUGACCACAUACUCACCCAGGCACACAAUGAAGACACACCUCUAGCGCGCUAGAGCCGCCGCCCUGCUGUGGGCCCCCCAUGCCAGUCAAUGCACCUCUGAUACUAACUAACCAACUAACUAACUAGCUAGUGACUAACUAGUAACCUUAUGGCCUGAAAAUCAAACCCCCCAUGUAGAAUGUGAAGAGAGAGUGUGUGUACGUGGGGGGGAGGUUGUGUGUGCGUGCGUGUGCGUGAGCGUGCGUAUGUGUGUGCGUGCAUGUAUGUGUGUGUGUUCGCAGUAGACAUGGCCUCCACAAUACCUCUUUGUGCAAUUAUUAUCAUCUGACGUGCCCCGUGCACUCACACGGUGAGAGGUUUGGCUAACAUGUCAGAGCAACUGACUUAACUCUUGUGUACAAUAUGUAUUUAGAGGUACGUAAGUGAAUCGUGCCGGACAAAAUGAUUGUAUGUUGACAUAACAAGAAGCAUCUGACAUUGCUUUCUAGACCACAGCCAAGGAUUUAUACCCCCCCGUCUGUCUGUCUGUCUUAACCUAUCUGUGUAUCUGUCUGCCUGUCUGUCUAGCAUUUGCUCUGUAGAGUGAGGGAUGCAGUAGUUCGGCAAGCCCAGCAACCAACCUGCGGGAGCAGAAAGCGAAACGUUCUCCAAAAUGAUUUAUGUCCUCCCGAAAUAGAUAAAGAUUUGCCAAAAGAGGCUCUUGCAAUCAAUAUUGUAAAAUGAUCAAAAAUUUAUUUCUUCCAUUAGUCGGUUAAUAGGAGUGUUUACUCAUCUGUUUUAUGAAGUUAACAAUGUAAAACUGUCGCGGAACGUGAAAAACAAACCAUGUGUCUAAACGGUGCAAGACAGACAGGGCAGGCCCCUGCUAGUUCUGGUGCUACAUGUACAGAAAUACAAGCCUCUCCAUUGUAGCCAACACGCUGGUGGUGUUCGCGGACAGAAGGCAGAGAACACAGAAGAGACAGGACUCAUUCUCUUUCUAUUCCUCCUUUCCUUCCUCUUAUUUCCCCUUUUCUCCAAAACGGAUCUGUUGCCUUGGAUGUUGUUUUCCUGUUUACUUACCACUUAAGCACCUAGAAACGCAUAGACACAUGCGCACACAUACCUACAUACGCACGCACAAAAUGUAGUGUCGCCGGUUCCGUCGAUAGGGGAUUGCCAGAAGAAGAGAAUGAAGUCUGGAGAGUCAUCCACCUGACCACAACAUAUGCACACACGCACGCACAUACAAAACGCAGCUCUGUGAGAUUGUAAGCCCCACCCCCUGCCUGAGGUGUAGGUAACCAAACACAUUGACGAAUGCAUUCCUUUCCGCUCCACCCCACUGGAUGUGCCAAGGCGACAAUUUCAAAACUUCAGAGAGCAAUCCCAUUGCCUGCUUCGGCUAAUCUUGUUUAUCUGAAUGUGUUUUGUGCUGCCUCGACAACAGCACACUAUUGGGGCUGAUCCUCGAUAAGUUUUUGCCUUUAAGUAGUGAUUGAAAUUUUAUGGACCAGAGGGGCCUGAUCAGUGAUUACGAAUCAGCGCUCCCACCUAUAAAAUACUUUUGUGAAUAUGGAUCUUAGUCCAUAUUGUAGGACCUUCCAACCCGAUGCCUCAUCUCCAACACACAAACACACACACACACACGCACACACACAUACACACAAAACGCAUGCAAGUGUGCGUCUGGAAUACACGAAAAACUGACAUUCCUAUUUUGUUUUUGUUAUUUUUUUUGUUUUGGAAUUUUUUAUUGUAUUUUGAUAUAUUUGGUUUUGUUUCUGCCAAAAAAAAAAAAAAAAUAUGUGCCAUCAAUUGCCAAACAGUUGUUGUUACCUCCUUAACAAUGGCCAGCCUGGACCAUUCUAAACUAACUAGGCUGCCACAGAUAGACAUCUCCAUUUCUGUGAAAUCACACGUGAGACCUAAUCAAGAUCUCUCGUGUUAAAAAUCCCCGAAUGGACACCAUCUUUCCACGAGUGUCGUUUUUUGUUGUUUUUUUUAAACCAAAUUCAAAGAAAUAUAUAUCUACAGAGCAAACGUCAAUUAUAAAAACGUGUAUCAGAUUAACAGAAAUGCGAUAUCAACUGUGAGUUAAUCCCCUCAUACUUCUGCUGAAUCACUCUGCUGUAGGCAGAUGUCAAUCUGUGGCUCUAGUUAGAGAAGCAUAGACAAACAGGCUCUUGGUCUGCCUUUUCAUUCAACUGUAUCUGAAGCUGUCAGGCUAGCCCACAUGUUGACAGCCUGUACGUAGAUCUCUGUGUGCUUUAAUCACCUCUAGACAAACCUUAAUCAAUUAAAGGCCAAUUAGCGGUCAGCUCAUCAGGACCCCUUAGCAAGGCGUCCUGACUGAGUUUGACUGGGGGGAGAUCAUAGAAGUUGCACAUGACUUGUCUAAGCUGCUGAGGCAUUUAGGAAUGGUACUCCGACUUGCAUAGGGACAUUCCAACAGUAGGACGAGCAUUGGCUUAAGAGCAGAAGGUGUAACAAAACAUGCAAACGGUGUGGAAGUUUCUUUGUGUGACUUUUUCGACAAUAGGGUAUUGUAUGAAAAAAAGCCUGAUUUUAUUUGUUAAGUAUUUAUUCAUAUCAAGAUAUCUGUAUUGUGUGAUUCAAUAAUUAUUUAUAUGUUGUCCUGAAAUGAAUUAUUUUUAUUAAGAAAUCUGAAAUCUGA